AUGGUGCGCUCGACGGCUGCUAUGGCAGCGGGUUUGAUGAUGCUCUCCCAUCAAAGUAUUGCGCAGGAUACGGACUCGUCUAGUUCCAAUGCAAUCGUCGUCGACGGCACGACCUUCUCCCUCAAUGGCGCCUCCAUGUCCUACGUCUUCCAUGCAAACACCACCACCGGCGACCUCGUAACCGACCACUACGGCGGGAGCAUCAGCGGCGGCAUUCCAUCCCCUAGAGAACCCGCCGUCAAUGGCUGGGUCGGCAUGCCCGGUCGAAUCCGCCGUGAAUUCCCCGACCAGGGACGCGGCGAUUUCCGCAUCCCUGCUGUGCGCAUCCGCCAGACGGCCGGAUACACCGUCAGCGACUUGCAGUACCAGAGCCACGAGGUUAUUGAGGGUAAACCGGGUCUGCCGGGUCUGCCUGCGACGUUUGGCGAGAGCGGGGAUGUGAGUACGCUCGUCGUCCAUCUGUAUGACAAUUACAGCUCUGUUGCUGCGGAUUUGUCGUACAGUGUGUUUCCCGAGUUUGAUGCCGUUGUGCGCAGUGUGAAUGUUACGAACCAGGGAGAGGGGAAUAUUACUGUUGAGGCGUUGGCCAGUCUUAGUGUGGACUUUCCGCUUGAAGAGUUGGAUCUUAUUAGUCUGAGGGGGGACUGGGCGAGAGAAGCAAAUCGUGAGAGGAGGAGAGUGGAAUAUGGCGUGCAGGGCUUCGGCAGCAACACCGGCUACUCCUCGCACCUGCACAACCCCUUCCUGGCCCUCGUCCACCCCUCAACAACCGAAUCCCAAGGCAAAGCAUGGGGCUUCAACCUGAUCUACACGGGCUCCUUCAGCGCCCAAGUCAAGAAGGGCUCACAGGGCCCCGGCGAGACAUUGACCUCCCCCGAAGCCGUCUCAAUCUACAGCAACACCGGCAUCGGCGGGAUGUCUCGCAAGUUCCACCGUCUCUACCGCAAGCACCUGAUCAAGAGUAAAUUCGCGACGAGCGAUCGUCCGCCCCUCCUGAACUCCUGGGAAGGCGUCUACUUCGACUUCAACAGGAGUACCAUCAAGACGCUCGCUGAGCAAUCUGCUGCCCUGGGGAUCAGUCUCUUUGUGAUGGACGACGGGUGGUUCGGUGACAAGUACCCCAGGAACUCGGACAAUGCGGGACUAGGAGACUGGACGGCGAAUCCAGCCAAGUUCCCGAAUGGCCUUGAGCCCGUCGUCGAAGAUAUCACGAACAUAACUGUCAAUAAUACAUCGUCCGACAAGAACCUCCGCUUCGGCAUCUGGGUCGAGCCCGAGAUGGUCAACCCGAACUCGUCUCUCUACCGCUCGCACCCAGACUGGGCCCUCCAUGCAGGUCCAUACCCACGGACCGAACGCCGCAACCAGCUCGUCCUGAAUCUUGCGCUCACGGAAGUGCAAGACUUCAUCAUCGACUUCAUGACGAAUCUGCUCAACUCCGCGGACAUCAGCUACAUCAAGUGGGACAACAACCGCGGCAUGCACGAGCAGCCCUCACCAUCAAACAACCACCUCUACAUGCUCGGCCUCUAUAGAGUGUUUGAUACACUAACAACCCGCUUCCCCGACGUCCUUUGGGAAGGAUGCGCCAGCGGCGGCGGCCGCUUCGACCCAGGCGUCCUGCAGUACUUCCCGCAGAUCUGGACGAGCGAUAACACAGACGGCGUGGAUCGCGUGGGCAUCCAGUUCGGCACAAGCCUUGCGUACCCGCCGUCCGCUAUGGGUGCGCAUCUGUCCGCUGUGCCGAAUCACCAGACUGGCCGCACUGUCCCUCUCGAGUUCCGAGCACACGUUGCGAUGAUGGGCGGAUCAUUUGGUCUGGAGCUUGAUCCCGGUACGAUCCAGGAUGAGCCUGCCGUGCCGGAACUCAUUGCGCUGGCGGAGAAGGUCAACCCGUUGGUUCUGAACGGGGAUCUGUAUCGCCUGCGACUUCCCGAGGAUAGUCAGUGGCCCGCUGCGUUGUUUGUUGCUGAGGACGGGAGCCAGGCGGUUCUGUUUUACUUCCAGCUGGCGCCAAAUGUUAAUCAUGCGGCGCCUUGGGUGAGACUUCAGGGACUUGAGCCGGAGGCGAGAUAUGCUGUUGAUGGGGAGGGGACGUAUAGCGGUGCGACGCUUAUGAAUCUGGGGCUGCAGUAUACGUUUGCUACGGAGUAUGGGAGUAAGGUGGUGUUCUUGGAGAGGCAGUGA